AGUGAAGUUCUGGAAAUUCGAAAGUUACUCUCUUUUGUUAGUUCACUACUGCUAACCUGAAGGGAUUUCGGAGCGAUAUUUGAUAUGCUUUCGUUUGUGUGAUCGCAAAUGUAUUGAUUCUGUGUGUCCCGUUCAAUGUCAGGAAGCGUUAUUAGUCAACGUGAAGGACAGCCAGUUCUGAUCCUCACUUGUCAGCGGGAUUCACAUCCUUUCCAGGAACGCACUAUUAUAUUAAGUGACGUACUCAAAGUUGGACGGUCUGUUGCUCGUGCUAAACCUGCAUCAAACAAUGCCAUUUUCGAUUGUAAAGUCCUGUCACGAAGUCAUGCUUUAAUUUGGUACAGAGGUGGUCGCUUUUGGUUACGUGAUACAAACAGUAGUAAUGGCACUUUCGUUAACAGUACACGAAUUAUCAAGCGAAUUGAUGAAGAGUAUGCUGAUCGUGAAAUAUUCUCCCGUGAUAUUAUUCGUUUCGGUGUUGAUGUUGUUGAACAUGACACUACUCAUGGCUGUAUCAUAGCACAAGUGUCUUUGUACCUUCCGAAUGGAGUAGAAGCGAAUAAAGGUGUUGAGCCUAUUAGCAAUAAUAUUGCUAGUGGUAUCAGUACAGUUACUAUCAAUAGCGAGCAAAUGUUCCGUCUUACACAUUAUAUCGGCGAGGCUUUGUUUCGUGAACAGGUUCUAGAUAAUAAACUAGAAUCUAUAAAACAAUUAUUACAAGAGACACAAGAUGUUUCUGAGGCUGGUUGGCAAGCAAUGGUGAAUCAAGAACGACUUUUGGAGAAGUUAAGCCUUUAUGAAACUGAACUUUCCUUAUUAAAACAGGAUUUACCAGAAAAUUCGUUACAAUCGCACUUAGUACAAGUUCUAGAAGAGAAGUUCAACCUUGAACAGGCGAGUAAAAUGAUGCUGGAACGCCUAUUGAAUGAGAAAACAGAAGUCUUUAGCAAAGCUACAAAUCUUGAGCAUUCUUUAAUUGACUCUCAGAAAGAGUGUAUUCGUCUUCGUCAGAAUUAUGAAAGUAUUCAAGAGGCUUAUCAAAGUUUAGCGAAUGAAAGACAAACUAUGUUACUUACAAAACAAGGAUCAGAGAAACAAUUAACGGAGGAUAAAGUAGAGAAAUUAGAAUCAAAGGAAACUCAUUGGGAUAAUAUGCAAAAGGGGUGUAACGACAUUCGGAAAAAUUAUGAUGGUGAUGCACUUAAGGAUAAUAUUCAUGAUGACGAUGAGAAUAUCCUCGUUAAUGGCUUGGAUAAUGGUAUUUCAAAGGUUAUUGAUAAUCAUGAUGAAAAAUUAAAUAAUGAUGCUAACCAACGACUUAGUGCUGUGGAUAACAUUGCUCAACCAGAAGUAUUGGAACCCGAUAGCUUCUGUGAAAGUGAAGUUAUUGAAGGUUCACAUAAUGGACCAACAUCCGAUGAAAUACAUGAAAGUAUCCGACUUUUCAGUCAUUCUGCCCAAAUCAUUAAAUCGUUACAGGAUGAACUGAAUAUUUUAAACAAACUACACAGAUCAGAUUUAUCAACUCCGUCAUUACCGGUGAAAAUGGAGUCAUUGAAAAAUAAACCUGAUUCUUUAGAUUCACUAACUGACAGUGUUGUUGUUAGUACAGAAAGAAAUACAGAAAAUCUUAAAUACGAUUUAGUAAAUUGUUGUAAAGACCAAAGUUUUGAAACAGCACUACAACGUGCUACAAAGUAUGCAGCAUUAAUUGGCAAAUUUCAAGAUCGUGUUAAUGUUUACUUGAAUUCUUUGCCUACUUCACACAAUCAACCUGAUAGUAAUAAUACAGAUGCUGUCAACAGCACUACUGAUACCUAUGCUCCUACAAGUGCUCUAGUAAAUGACAAUAUAAUCAAAAAGGAUGCUAGUAUCGAAACAGAAACAUAUUUUGAUGGACCGAUUUGCUCAAAAGUUGAAUUGAAUCACCUGGAGACGUCUGUAUUAAGUAAACAUUCAGGUGUUGGAGAAGAAAAACCAGAAGAAGGCGCAGAAGUUUCAAAACUCCGUGCUGCUUUGAUGGAGUCUUCAAAGGAGAUUGAAGAGUAUAAACAACUAACCGAUGAUUUACGUACUCAAGAUGCUGCUAAAGCAGAAUUACUAUCCAUAGUCCGUGAAGAAUGUGAUGCUCUACGAUCUAGAAUAUCUGUAAUUGAAAGUGAUGUUGCAACCAGUCGUUCUGAUCAUCAUCGGCUUAUUUCUGAAGCAAGGAGAGCACAGACAGAAAUUGAUGAAUUAUUACGUGAACGUGAUAAACUAUCCGAUCAACUAAACGCUUCGAAUCGUCAAGUGGAGCAUUUGCAGGGACUUCUUGCCACUACACUCUUAGGUGAACCUAAGAGUUCUGUGGAUUCUGAUAAAAAGGCUGCAACCCCCAAUGAGACGCCCAGUUCAAAUUCAACUUCCCAAAACGCUUAUGCAGUUAACCAGUGUCCUACAUCUUCCAGUUCGAAAAUUAAUCAUAUCCAAUUACACGAUUACUGUUUUUCCCUAUUCGCUGUUAUUCCCAUCAUGGUGCUGAUUUGUGCGUGUAUGGUGUAUAUUUUUCUGCAGUUUGUUCGAUGACCUGAAUAUAUAUACACAAUAAACCAACUGGAAUAAAAAUUCAGUCCUUAUCACACACACACACACACGCGUAAACAUACACGCAGUGGUCUACAAAUUGGAUAAUCUCUUAUUCCGGUAACAAUAUAUACAUAUUUCUUUUUCUGUGGAUAAUUUUGAACUUUGUAUAGUUGGAUUUGGUAUUACAAACUGGUUUUUGCUUCUAUUAUUAUUAUUUUCUUGUUCAACUUCGAACAUUUCAGAAAAGCCAAAACCAAACCUUUCGUGAUUUGUAUGUCUGUGUCUGUGUGUAUGUGUGCGGCUGCACGUGUGCUUAUUGAGUCACAGUCUCGGGGAUUGUUCAUCUUGAUUUACAACUUUUCAGCCUGUCGUCUACAGUAUAAUCCACGAAAACACCUAUCACCAACCAACAAACACAUACGCACUUCACUUUUUUCACUUUCACUUUUUUCUUUUAAUCAGCGAAAAUCUCUUCUCUGUGUUAUGUAAUAUGAUGGUGUCAGCAUAACAUUUAUACAUACAUAUAUAAAUAUUCAUUAUUGUACAUUUGAAACCAAAAUGGCUGUUCUCUUGGCUACUACUCAGUUUCAGUUUUUAUUUAGCUAAUUUAGAGGUUUAUUAUUAUUAUCAUUAUCAUCACUACUAAUGGCUUUUACAAAAUUACUAUUUAUGACAAUAGUAAUAAUGACUAUUAUUACUGUUAUUAUUACUACUAUUAUCAAAUCAAAAGGAAAGUCUUUGAAUCUUUCAUUCAAAUUGUCGCAACACAGGCUGUUUUUCUAACGAGAGAAAAAUAAUCGAUAAAAUUGCUAUUCCAAUUGUAACAGUUUAUUACUAUUAUUAUUAUUAUUAUUAUUAUUACCACACUUCAAAGUAAUUUUACUUCUCAAGAAGUGUGCGUAUGUCUAUCUAUGUGUGACAUGUAUAUGUGUACUUGAGCACAUAUGUGUACCAUGAUUCUUGUUUUUGUUUUUUUCUAAAUGUGAACUCCUGUAAAUACUUGAUGUGAUUUAGUAGAGACUUGUAUUUAUGUACCUUAUGAUUACCCCCUCCCCUUCUCUCCCACCACGGCCACCCUAUUGAUCUCUCUGUCGAUUGGCUUUGUUUUACCGACACACAAUGCAUGCCUUCUCUCUCUCUUUGUCUCUUCGUGUCAUUGUUAUUUCUUGUUCAUCAUCAUCGAAACGGGCUUUCCAUUCACAUCAUUACAAGUGUGCCGCAGGAAUAUAUAUAUUCCUUUCACUGUCACCUCCUCUGUCAGUCUUUUUCCUCCACUUUUCACAACUUUUAGUUUUCAAAAAAGUUAGAGAUGAGUUCUGUACUCCAUGCUCCACCUUCCCCGCCCCCCGCGUGCCGACCUCGUUUUUAUUUGUGCAUGGCAAAAAUUGUAAUCUCUUUUUUUCUUCUGGAUUACAACUCACUGCAUAUAGCUAUCCAAUGUCCAAUUAGCAUUAUUCGAUAUUAUUAAUAUUAUUCUUUUGAAAUAGUUUUAAAAAAGUGUUUUUGUUAUUUUUAGAGGUUUUUUGUCUUAUCAAUCAUUAUCGCUAGUAGUAGUGUGUGAAGAAUGGUAUGGUACUGCAGUUCAGUCCAGUGCAGUGCCGUAUGUAUGGCUUAUCUUUCUAGGCACGCACUUAUGAAUAUACAUAUAUACAUAAGUAUAUACAAUCGCAGUGUCUUUUGUGUCUCUUCAUUUGUACAGAUUCGAUUGUCGUGCUCCCUCUCUAUCUCCCCUCCCACUCUGUCGGUCCUUCCCCCAGUUUCAGCGUACAAGAUAGCGACCCCCCUCAAAACAAACAAUUAAAUAAAAAGACGAUUACUGCUUUUGUGUUGUACAUGCCUGUAGUUUUGCUAGUAGAGUAUGUCCACUACAAAUGUCACUUGUUUGGUGUGUAUGUGUGUGUGUGUGUAUUUUGUCUGAAAUCGAAUGGCUAACAAAUGCAAAUAUUUCGACGAUGUAUAGGUAGGUGGUGAUUGGCAAUCCCUUGAUUAGUGACAAUAAUCAGUAUAGUAUAAUUGACUGUGAGUACUUACUAAUCAAUGAUUGAGCCUCGCCUUUAUUUUUGUGCGAUUUUUCUUUUUUCGUCUGCUUUUCUCUCGCUUUCUUGACUUCUGCGUUCCUCAUACUUUCGUAAACACAUUGAAAGCAGAAUUUAUAGUCUGUGGUGGUAGAAAGGUGAGAGAGAUAUAUGUGUAUAUGUUUCUUUGCGCUUAGUCACACUAGCAAACCCUAUAAUUGAGUUAGUUUUCCAGAUAAGAUAAACAACACCAGCAAUAAUAACAACAACGACAAGUAAGUAGAUAAAAGCCUGUCUAGAAGUUUGUGUGUGUGAGUGUGUGUUAGGGUGCUGCACAAUCUCUCUGUCUCUACAUUGCAUGCAUACACAUAAACCCCCCCACACACGCAGACAUUUGUUCACAUUCAUCACUCAUCACUUUCGUUCAUCGUUGACUAUGUGGGCUGGAGCCAUUUUUAUUGUUUUAUUAUGACUCAACCUUUUCGUUUUCCACCCUUUACAAUACAUUCGAUAUUUUUUUUGUAAAACUAAACUAAUUGUUUUUUUUUGGAUGGGUGAGAUGCGUUUGAUCUCUGAAUAUGUAUAUAGACAUAGAUGGUAGUUAUCGCAAAUAAUAAAACUUAUCGAAUUCCUUUAAUUUUACGACCACCUCCAUGUAUGCAUGUGUGUACGUGCGUGCGUGCCUGUGGUUAUCGUCGUCAAUGCUGUGCUUCAUUGAAUCACUCGAAAAUCUCUCUUCAGCUAUUUGUGUGUAUUGUUUUUUCACUUCUCGUCUUUCUUGCUGCUGUUUGUCUAUUUGUUUUCGUGUGAAAUUAAAUUCUUCUGGAGUAGUUGAGAGUGCACUGCUCAUUCGACCAGUCAUUAUCAUUGUUAUUAUUAUCGUUAUCAGGUCAUUUGUUUACUAGACGUUAGGAGAUAUGUGUGUAGUAUUCCAAUCCAAACGGCCUUAUCAUCAGACACGCACAUGCAGAUAGAUAUACUGAAACACUUUCCUUUCCCUUUUCUUUUCUUCAUUCAUUUGUAAAGUGAGGAGUAUUCCAAUUAAACUACUGAUUGAUUUUACUUUGCGUAAUUAAUUGCUGGGUCAUAAAGGCAUUUUGUGUUGUCAAUUCAAAUAAUGAAUUCAGGUGUAUGUAUGAAUGGGUGAGAAUAAUAAUUACAGUGUACUUACUUUUGUAAUGGAAAUGAACUAUGAGUGUGAAAUAUAUAAGAAUAUGGGUUGUGCUCGGUAUGCAAAUCCCCUCCCUCACUUCCCCUUCCCGCUCGACCAUUUUACUAACAGUGUUUUAAUGAAAUAAAUGACUUUCAGUUU